AUGCACUUAUCUAAGCCGUUCGCCUUCGCUGCGCAGGUGUCUGCCCAUUUAAUCAUCCGGAUACUCAUCCUGGCCCUGGUUCCCGCUGCUUCCGAUGCCACGGCUCCCAGCGAACCACUACGCUUCGAGUGGCCCGCCAGCCCUUGUCAGCUGUCUACAGAUAGCUCGGCAGCGCCACCGCUGCCGUGCCUCAACUGCCCCCGGAUUCACGUACCGUCAUCGACAACAACCGAAGAGCCAUCUAUAAAAGAGCAUCACCAACGCGCGGCACUCUGUGGGCUCGGUCGCUGUGCCACAAUGUACUCACCUAAGCCGUUCGCCUUCGCUGCGCAGGUCAGUAACCAGUAUUGUCUUUUCACAAAGAAAUCAAAUGACUACUGUCUCCUGCAGCUACCGAGCCCACAGUGCUGCCUUUCGAUUGUUGUUGAAUGUUAUGAUGUAGUACGUACAUUGUUGCUGUUGGCUGGCGAUAUCGAGUCAAACCCAGGUCCCGACACUGUACUCGCGAAACUAAAGAAGCUGUCUACUGGUCAGUCACAACUACUCGCCGAGGUUCAAGGCCUUAGAAACCAACUAACAACUACUGAACAGGCUAUAUCUGGCCUCAGUAACAGAUUAUCCGACCUAGAAACUCACUAUCAAGAUCUGGUAACACUACGCACCGACAUGGAUACGAUCUACACUAACACCACCCAAACAGCCAAAGAUAUCAGAGGAAUAGAAGCCCGCCUGGAUGACGCCGAAAAUCGCUCGCGACGAAACAAUUUAAUUUUCUAUAAUAUCACAGAUAACAAUGCAUCGGAAAACUACGCCCAAUCUGAAGAAACGGUCCUGCGCCUCUGCCGUGAUCACUUAGGUCUAACCAUUGACCCAAAAGAAAUUGAACGGGUUCACCGUCUUGGGCGCCAUUCUUCUGGGCGCUCUCGCCCAAUAAUAGUCAAACUGACAUUUUUUAAAACCAAACAGCUAAUUCUUUCAAAUGGCCGUAAGUUAAAAGGGACUGAUUACAGCAUCGGGGAAGAUUUUUCACGCCCUGUCCGAGAUGCGCGAAAGCAUCUAGUUAGAUUUGCCAAAACUAAAAACACAAAAUUUUCCUUGCGCUACAAAACAUUAUUCAUCGGUCCCAAACAGUACGCAUUCGACGAAUCAUCGCAGACAGUAAAAGAAAUCUCAUAG